AUGCACUAUACCACGUUCUUCGUUACUGCCAUUGCGGCUAUUUCUUCCGUCUCCGCCAUGCCGGCUGAAGCCGCCGACCGCGACCGUGACCGCGACCGCUAUGACGUCUUCCCCCGGGGUGAAUGCCGUGACGAGGGGGAUGACCUCUACUGCGGUAGGGGUGUUAAUGAGUUCUGUCGCUAUGGUAUGAACUUCACUGGAAUAAAAGUUAGAGUCGAUGCUAAUGGGACUUUAGACGCUAGCAACAGGUAUUGUCGUAGCGACAAUGUCAACAGAAUCUUCUGUGCCUACCGCAACCAGCAGGAAUUCGCUCGGCAGCUGGCUGAGGAGUGGCUCAGCAUUGAAAUUUGUGACCGAGACGAAUACUGGGACGUCAGAAGACGCCGAUGCGAAUGCUACAGAGGCCGAGACGGGGACCGAGACAGAGAUAGAGAAUGCCGUCGCCGCCGCGGCGAGAGCGACCGUGACCGUGACGGAGAGCGUGAUGGACGUGAUGGAGACCGUGGUGGCCGAGAUGGCAACCGAGAUGAUGACCGAAAUGACGGUCGCGAUGGCGAUCGAGGCCGUGAGCGUGAUGCGCCUAACUGCAAGAAUGGAGAUAUUGCGUUCUGUGCUGCAAACGAGAACGAUAUCAUCACCUUUGAGCGGGAGAAUACCUUGUGCCUGAGGGACCGCGGAAACUACGUCUUCUGUGCCAGCCCCGAGCGAGGCAGAGCCAGGGAGAAGGCGAGAGACCACUUCAACAAGAAGGCUGCUUGA